AUUAGUUUCCAUUUCCUGUCUAAUCCUAACCUAACUUCUUCGUGCUCUAACCUCAACCUUUAGUAACAAAUUCGUAUAAAAAAUGUGGUUAAAAUCGCUGUCAUGCCUACAUUUAAAUAAUGUUUUGUUAUCUGCUUCAAAGCGAUGUCUUGGCACAACUCCGCCAAUUUAUUUAAAUCAGAAAUGGAGACAAGAAAGGGGCUUACCCUUAAAUCCAAACAGUUGCGGAGUGCUAACAGAUGGUCCUGACUAUUCUUAUUUGGAUGGAAGGCCCACCCCUUACGGUGUAGGACAAAAACAGAGAAUUAUGAAAAAUCAAGAAUUAACUGAACAAAUCAUUAAAUUAUCAGGAGAAAUUGACUUUGCAGUGGAGAGGCAUAACAAGCUAGUACAAGAAGAAGAGGACAGGAAGCAAAAGAUUCUUGAUAAUAAACUUAAACCCAAGGGAGUGGAGUUACUGAAAAAGAAAAAACAAUAACUCUUUUAGCAUUUGUUCAUUAGUAUUGUAAGAGCUAUGUAGUUAAUAUAAAAUAAAUUUUUGUUUUAUUUUUUA